CAGUGGGCACUGACAGGUGGUACCCCUGGCCCCAGGUGAACCUGCCGCUGCUCACCCUGAGCCAGCCGCUGCUGUUGGGCAUUGCCUGCAAUGAGACCAGUGCCGGCCGUGCCAGUGCUGAGUUCUACGUCCAGUGCAGCCUGACUUCUGAGCAGGUGAGGAAGCAUUACACGAGUGGGGGACCUGAGGCCCACGAAUCCACAGGAAUCAUCUUUGUGGAGACACAGAGUGUGAGGAGGUUGCAGGAGACUGAAAUGUGGGCCGACCUCUGCCCCUCAGCCAAAGGCGCCAUCUUCCUCUACAACGAAGUCCAGGAAAGUUCCACCUAAGUCACCCUAGAGUCCCCAGCCCUAUCACCACAGCUCGGAAGACAAUAAAGGACUUUAUUCUUGGA